CGGGGGCCGGCCCGCAGGCGGCGGGCAUGGUGGCUGGGAUGGAGGCGCUGGCGUUGGCGCUGGCGUUGUUCGCCGCUCUGGCGGCGCUGUGGUGGCUGCGCGAGCGCUGGCAGCGGCCGCGGGGGCUCCCGCCGGGCCCCGCAUCCUGGCCGCUGCUGGGUAACGUGGCCUGGGGGCUGCUGCCUUGUCCGGGGCUGGUGCGGCGGCUGCUGGGGGUCGGGGCGGUGCAGCCGCACGUGCUGCUGACGGCGCUGACCGGGGUGUACGGCAGCGUCUUCAGCCUCUUCGUGGGCAGCCGGCCCCUCAUCGUGCUCAGCGACUACGCGGCCGUGCGGGAGGCUCUCGUCACCCAGGCCGAGACCUUCAGCGACCGGCCCGUCGUGCCCGUCGUCCUCAUCAUCACCCAGAAGAAGGGAAUUGUAUUUGCUCCUUAUGGCCCAGUAUGGAAGCAGCAGAGGAAGUUUUCUCAUACAACUCUUCGCCAUUUUGGAUUAGGGAAGAACAGCCUGGAACCUAAAAUUAUUGAAGAACUGAAAUAUAUUAAGGAAGAAAUAAAAACACAUGGAAAAGAGCCAUUCAACCCCUUUUCAGUCAUUAGCAAUGGAGUGUCCAAUAUUAUCUGCUCUCUGGCCUUUGGCAGGCGCUUUGAUUAUGAAGAUGUUGAGUUUACGACCUUGUUGAGUCUCAUGUCACGUGCCCUACAGAUAUGCAUAAACAGCAGUGUAAUUCUGGUCAACAUCUAUCCUUGGCUUUACUACCUCCCCUUUGGGCCUUUCAGAGAACUGAGGCAAGCUGAGUUAAAUAUUACCGCUUUCCUAAAAAGAAUAAUUGCACAGCACAGAGAGAACUUGGAUCCAGAAAAUCCUCAGGACUUUAUUGAUAUGUACCUCCUCCAAGUGGAUGAGGAGAAAAAAAAAAACAAGGAUAGCAGCUUUAAUGAAGACUACCUGUUUUUUAUCAUUGGUGACCUUUUUAUUGCAGGCACUGACACCACCACCAACACACUUCUGUGGUGUCUCCUCUAUAUGUCUCUAUACCCAGAAGUACAAGAAAAGGUCCAUGCAGAAAUCAGUGCAGUUAUUGGGCUGGACCGAGCUCCUUCUCUUGCUGACAAGGCUAAGAUGCCCUUCACAGAGGCAACCAUCAUGGAGGUGCAACGAAUGACUGUUGUUGUUCCUCUUUCUGUUCCUCGAAUGGCCUCAGAGACUGCUGUACUGCAGGGAUAUACUAUUCCAAAGGGCAGUGUGAUUGUGCCCAACCUGUGGUCAGUGCACAGAGAUCCUAAUGCAUGGGAGAAGCCAGAUGACUUCCUACCAACAAGAUUUCUGGAUGAAAACGGCCAACUAAUCAAAAGAGAAACAUUCAUCCCUUUUGGACUUGAGACAUUGGAAAUAGUGGUCUACCUUCAUAAUGCUAAGGUCACCAGACUGGAAUGUGAAAACUGACUAUAAUUAGAUAUGAAGUUGGCUAGUUUUAAUUUUUGACAGUAAAAUGGAAAAAGUAAACUCAGCUCUGAAAUUAUUACUUCUUUAAUAGCACUUUCAAACUUGGUAACUUUAUUAAGACAGUGUCCUGCUUUUUUUUUUAAGCAGUAAGCAUUUUACCCUUUGGAGGUAAAAUAAAGGAUUUUCAUUUGCUGUUAUGGUUAAUACAGAGGCCUAAUUCAGCAAGAUGAUUAAGCUGUUUUUAGUAGCUCCUCAUGUUUUCACAAGGAAGCCUGCUGUUUAUGGAGGCCAUAACUUGACACAUAUCCUUGUAGGUCAGAUGGUUAUCUUGAAGAACUUCUAUGUAAUAUAAUUACAGAACAAAUGAAAAGAUGUGUAAUUUAAUGUUGCAAUUUCUUUUAGGCAAAAACUUGAAAUCCUUGGAGGAUAAUGAACCAAAGUUAGCACUCUUGUCAAUAUGCUUAAUUUUGCUAGUGUAUAUAAAAUAGUAUAUCUAGUGACUACUGAGUAAUAAGCAUUUAUGAUUCAUCCUCUUACAGCUGGCUAAAUAAAGCAGUUCUCUGCACAACUAGGGUUUGUCUGAAAAAUCCUUAAAAUAGGAAUUUUUAAUUGCAAAGCUAAAGUGAAGUGCUGAUAAUUAUUUUCCUGAUUCUGUUACGUGUCACAUAAGCAACAAAUAAGGUUGAUCAUGCAACUGCUUUGUGUGGAAAUUUGUCUCUACUGAUUAAUGGGUAGGUUUAAGAAGCACUUUAGAAUUUUGGCAGACUCUAGCGACACUGCAUUUAAAAUAAAAUAAAUGGAUUUCUUUGUAAUUUGUCACCUGUCCAUCUUGCCUUUACACACCCGCAGCCUCCAGAAAAAAUUUGGUAUGCAAAAUGUUGCCCUUGAAAACUGGUAUUUUACAGAUGGUCCUUUUAAGUUUUAGUUUCUAGACAUUAUACAGUGCUGUAUUGGAUGACAGGCUGUCCUACACACGUGAAGGAUGGCACAAUUGCUACCUAUGUUCAGAAAUAAAUUGCUGCUUCAGGUGCCACCAUGAAGGCCUAGCAAAUAAAACUAGCGAUUUCACAGGCUACUCUGAGAGAGACUGGAAACUCUUUUUGUUUGUAAAACUUACUUUUGCUACUGCAGAAAAUUAUUGGUAGCUGAACUGGAUUGUGCAAUAUUGACCUUUUUUGUGGAAAGUUAAGUUUUAAAUGUCUUAUUGAAUGUGGCCACUAUAUAGCUAAUGUUUACAACAGUGCCUGUGUUUGUAUGUUCAGUAUGAGAAUUUUCAUCAGUGUAAUUUAUUUUAAUAAAGUAUUUUCUGUAAUUUAUACAUAA